AUUUUAUUAACUUUUAUAAAUGUCUGUGUUUGAGUAGAAAUGCUUUCCUCUUGCUUUUGGCAAUGAGGAAAGUUUAUUCACAACUGUAUCCUUUCUCUUCAUCCAUAAACGUACAGCUGGGGACCACUCCUUAAAACCUCUAUUGUCUCAGACACUUCCUGCUUCCCAUCUGAAGCAGUUCCUGCCUACAUCAAUCAGAUUGGGCUGUAGGGGAGAAAAGGAAACUGCACCAGUGAAACCUCCGGCUUUUUCUCACAACAAAGUCCUGUUGCAAUUGCUGCACAGAUCAAGUUUUUCUUCACAUCAACUUCAUUUUUCAACUUCAAGUGAAAAAUCAGAAGAAAGAAUGUCAUACAGUCCACAUGAAGGAGAGUAAAUGAUGAGAGGAUUUUCAUUUUUGGGUGAACUACUCCUUUAACUUGUACUGAACCCGAAUCAUUCCUUGAACACUGGCAAAACUGUCGGUAGAGACUCACAAACAACUGUCCCUUUAAGAGGUCAGUUGCUACUUCUCAGCAACACUGAACACUGUAACCUCCGGCAUAACAAAUAUAACCCGCUCGGCGCUGCAGAACACGCUCAAACUUUCACCAGCCGCCCAUAUAAUACUGGAUUUUAAGAAUCUCCGGAUUAACGAAGCGCAAAACCGCGGGAUAUAUAACGCGAAGCAAUAAAGAUGAAGGACUGGAAUCGCCUUUUAUUCUUGACUGGAAUUGCUGCUGUUUUGCAUGCAGCCCAAUGAGCACUCAUGCACACUAUGGCAACAAUUGGUCCAUGCUCAGAUGCAGAGGACCUGUUGGCAUCUAUCCACCUCGAGAGGUAUCUGGAUCACUUCCGUCAGGCAGGCUUUCUCCUUGCCCGGGACUUCUGUCAUGUGGACAAUGCCGCUCUGAACAGGGUGGGAGUGACUGCCACAGGCCACAGGAAGCGUAUCCUCAAACUGGUCGAGCACAUUCAGACGAUCUGUCAAUAUCAAAGGAAAGAGCCCUUGCUAGAUCGCUGUAACUCAGAUUCUGCUAUUCACAAGGUGACCCCUGUCAACGCAGAGCCUCUUUCUCCCUCAGGACAUGUUGACACCUCUUUUGAAGCCUUACAUAAUAGCUCUGCCACGAAUCUUAGUGCACAAGUGAAACGUUCAUACUCUGAGCGUAGUGCUACUGUCGUAAAGCCAGUACCAAAACCAAGAACUGUCUUUCACAAACUUAGUGCAGAGAGGCGAUCAUUACCAACACAACAUGAAGCACAGCCUGGCUGGAAUUCUUCUCAGGAUGAUUUGUUGUCUAGUACAUCUAGUAUAGAAACUGUUGAAACGUCUACUGAAUCAAAACUGGACAUUUGUGAAUCAAGUUUGAGUAAUACCUCUUUGGCCCCAGAGACUGGUGGGCCAUUUCCCCCAGUACCUCCCAGGUUAAAUCGAGGGAUUCCUCCUUCCACAUUCAGGAGAAUGUCGGACAAGGACCGGCACAGCACCCCACCCCUCUCUAACCCUCUGGACUCACCCUCUAGUUAUCAGUGUUCUCCUUUCACUAACACACCUGGUUCACCCCCGAGUCCACCCUGCUCAGGGCUGGAGAUGGUCUCUAAUGAAAUCUAUUGUGGCACUUUACCAGAUGCUCCAUGCAUGUUGUGGAGUCACUCUGUACCCGUUCCCCCUCCACGCCAGGAAGUCAGCCCAUCUAUUGAAAACCAUAGCACUUUAGAAAAUAACAGCACAUUUCAAUCACCUCAAAGAACAUCUGCAUCUGCUGAGGGUGAUGAUGAAAUGAUCAGUCCGUACUGUGAAACAGUUUUCCAAAGCAAGCGACAAUAUCAACACUCAGAGGUUGAAAGGACCAAAAGUGAGGGAAAGACUGGAACUACAAAUAAAGAAGACAAACUAAAAGAUCAAGGGCAUCGGAAUUACUCGUGGCUCAAGCGUCUUGAUUCUCCAGGCUACUUUACAGUGGGUGAGCCCUCCCCAGCAUCCCACUCGUUCUCCCUCCCUCAUAACCUCUGCUCCAUUGAAGCGGAUGAGGACCACAUCAUCUCUCCCUAUGCCAGCUUCACCUCGCUGUCCGAGCGGGUGGCACCCGUCCUCAGCGGUUGGCUGGACAAGCUCUCUCCUCAAGGAAACUAUGUGUUCCAGAAACGCUAUGUGAAAUUUGAUGGGAAAAACUUGAUGUACUAUGGUAGCGAAAAGGAUGCUUACCCCAAAGGUGUGAUUCCCUUAGCUGCCAUUCAAAUGGCCCGCGUAGCUAAAGACAAUAAAUUUGAAGUUGUGACAAGCCACAGGACAUUUGUCUUCCGUGCUGAUAAUGAUGUCCAGAGGACCAAAUGGUGCAGCACAUUGCAAGAGCGAAUCAAAGAACAGCUGGUUUUUGGCCGGCCACGUUUUGGCCCUGGCAGCCACUGCCAAAAGAGCGGCUUUCUAGAGCUCAAAGGAACCAAAUCAAAGAUCUAUACUGCCAUUAUAAUGGAGCAGAUCUGGCUGUACAAGAGUGAGCAGUGCUUUAAGAAUGGGAUUGGAAUUACUCUAAUUGAGGCCAGAGGCGCUACAAUACGUGAUGGAAAGGGCAAGAGCUUUGAUCUCAUUACACCUUAUAAAACCUUCAGCUUUACUGCAGAGUCAGAGCGAGAGAAGAGGGACUGGAUGGAGGCCCUGCAGGAAUCUAUAGCGGAAACACUAUCUGAUUACGAGGUGGCAGAGAAGAUCUGGUCCAACAGGUCCAACAAGGUCUGUGCAGACUGCAAAGCCAUCAAUCCAGACUGGGCAUCCAUCAAUCUCUGUGUGGUCAUCUGCAAGAAUUGUGCAGGCCAGCAUCGAGGUCUUGGCACAAUGGUGUCGAAAGUGCAGAGUCUGAAACUAGACACCAGCGUGUGGAGUAACGAGAUCGUCCAGCUCUUUAUAAUGCUUGGCAAUGAUGGUGCCAAUGAAUUCUGGGCAGGCAGGCUUCCUGUGACCGAGGAACUGGACUGUGAUGCCUCCCCGGAACAGCGGAAAGAAUUUAUCACCCACAAAUAUCGUGAAGGCCGAUACCGUCACCCUCAUCCUAGUUUUAGCAGCCAGGAAGAACUUCUAAAGGCGUUGUGCACUGCCGUGACUGAGCAGAACUUGCUGAAAACAGUUACUCAGAUUUUUGCGGAAGCAGAGGCCGCUCGACUCUCUGAUGCUAAUGGAAACAAUAAGCAUCAGUCCCCACAUUACUCAUACACACAGUCAGCAGAUUCCUGUGUUUAUGAUGAGAUCAUGCAGCCCAUCCUGUACUCCGGCUACAUCUACAAGUCAAGCACCUUGAACAAAGCGACAUUAUCUCGCAGAACCAGAGACGCAGAUUUUCAAAAAUACUGGUGUUCAGUGGAAAAGUCCAUUCUCUUUUAUGAGUCUGACAGAUGUCAAGAGCCCAGUACGAAGAUCGAUGUGAAAGACAUCAUCUGUUUAGGAGUUAGCAGGCCAGACUCCUGCAACAACAGCGGCUUUAUCGACAAAUUUCGAUACACUUUUGAACUGUACCUAACAUCUGAUAAACUGCUUCUGUUUGGCUUGGAAACUCCAGAAGAAUUGCAUAGUUGGGCGAGAGCAAUAGGGAAGGCCACCACCCCUCUCAGCUGUCAUUGCCUUCUGGCGCGAGAGUUCGAGCGAGUGGGCGUGCUACGCUACAAGGCCAUGCUCAAUCCCCAGCAGUGGAAAGAAGGCUUCUUUGUUCUGCAAAAGUCCAACCUGUUCAUCUGCCCUGGAAACGAUGGAGCCGCUGAGGACAUUAUAAACCUCAAACGCCUUCAGGAGCUCAGCAUUGCAUCAGAAACAGAGAACCAUGAGAAGAAGGCCAUUCUAGUUCUGGUUGAAAAAGGAAGGACUCUGCACCUGCAAGGCAUGGGCAGGACAGAUUUCUCUCUGUGGUACACAGACAUUCAGAAGGCUGCCGGUGGGAAAGGAAACACCCUUAAAGAUCAGCAACUCAGCAGAAAUGACAUUCCCAUCAUUGUAGACAGCUGCAUUGCCUUCAUAACCCAGUAUGGUUUGGGUCAUGAGGGUAUAUACAGGAAAAAUGGUGCGAAGUCUAGAAUCAAGCUUUUGAUGGAAGAGUUCCGUAAGGAUGCCCGCAAUGUUAAACUCCGUAUAGGAGAUAACUUCAUAGAGGAUGUGACUGAUGUACUAAAGAGGUUCUUCAGAGAGAUAGAUGAUCCCAUAUUUAUGGCUGAUCUCCACCCCUUCUGGAAGGAAGCUGCCAAAAUACCUCAAAAGACACAACGUCUGGACAGAUAUAAAGAGCUGAUUCGAGGUUUACCGCGGGUUAACAGAAUUACUUUAGCAGCGCUCAUUGGUCACCUCUACAGGGUACAAAAGUGUGCUGACCUGAAUCAGAUGUGCACUAAGAACCUGUCACUGCUGUUUGCUCCUAGCCUGUUUCAGACUGACGGGAAAGGAGAACAUGAGGUCAAGAUUAUAGAAGACCUCAUUGAUAACUACUUGUAUAUCUUUGAUGUCGAUGAAGAGCACCAAACACAGAUUGAACUGGAAAUCAGUCUGAUCACUACCUGGAGAGACACACAACUCUCGCAGGCUGGGGACUUGAUUAUUGAAGUCUAUCUAGAAGAAAAGAUUCCAGAUCGUUGCAUCACUCUGAAAGUCUCUCCCACUAUGUGUGCCGAAGAGCUGACUAAUCAGGUGCUGUAUAUGAGAAAUAUUCCUGCAGGGGAGAAAGACGUAUGGAUGACCUUUGAGGCUGUUGAGGAAGGAGAGCUUGAGCGACCUCUUCACCCCAAAGAGAAAGUUCUGGAACAAGCCCUGCAGUGGUGUAAAAUGGUUGAUCCCAGCUCAGCAUAUCUAGUGGUGAAGAAGGCACCCAGAGAAGCUAUAGACAUUUUCACUGCCUACAAGAGUGAGAUAGUGAAGUCUGGUGUUCUGAAGUGUCGAGAGGAGCUGCCCAAACUCCUGCAGGGCAACAAAUUCCAGGAGCGGUCGUUCCAAAUUAGAGACCACAAACUACUCCUGAUGAAGGACAAGAAAACCAACAAACCUGAAAAAGAGUGGCAAAUAAAAACCUUGAAGAUUUACAUGGGGAUAAGAAAGAAACUAAAACCACCCACAAAAUGGGGAUUUACAGUAAUGUUGGAAAAGCAGCAAAUGUACCUCAGCUGUUCAUGUGAAACUGAAUUAUGGGACUGGAUGUCUAAUUUACUUAAAGCACAGAAUGAUGACCCGCACCCUCCUGUGAUGAGACGCCACUCUUCCUCUGACAUUUCCAAACAGAGAUUCGGCACCAUGCCACUAGUGCCUAUUAGAGGAGAGGAGAGUAAUACCAACUCUACCAUGCUCUCUGCCAAUCAGACUCUGAGAAAGCUUCAUACAAGAAGAGCACUUUCAAUGUUCUUUCCCAUGAAGAUGCAGCAGGACUCAUUCGAGGAGCACAUUGAAAGUAAAGAGCCAUUGUAUGAGGAGGUGGGUGACUUUGGCCUGCAGGUGCUCAAGUCUUUAGAAACCAGUUUUCUGUCCAGUGCCCAUGCUGAGACACAGGAGGUGCCAGCACGGCCUGUCAGCCUCGGACAGAGGAAGGCUGCCUCCCUGGAACGCAUGGUUGGGGAUAUCUCAAUGCACACUAUGAGGGGAGAGGGAACCUUAUCCUCUGGUGAAUCUUUAGACAUUCUGGGGCAAGAGGACCCCAGUGAUUCUCUGCAUGUUCCAAGUAGGCACAGGCCACACAGAUCAUGUAGCCCCCAACAGGAACUGCUGUUACAAGAACUAUCCACUAUGUUCAGCAAGAAACCAGAGUCUGAAGAGCAGCGUCCUACUGAGAACCUCACCUGAGAGAGGGGCAACACCACACAAGAGCUUUAGAAAAGUUGGACUAGAUUUGUCCCAAAGACAAUUUGCUCUGAAACUUGAGAUUGCUGUUUUUAAAUGGUCCUUUAUCUGUUUGAAAUUGGCUAGCAAGAAACCAGUAUUAAAAUGAUCUGAUUAUUAUUGAAAAGUAUAACCAUAAAGCAUUGUGCCAAGCCAAAGCAGUCACUGAAAUUGAAGUCUUGGAAUCUGUGCUAAAAAUGUUUUGUAUAAAUUGGGUAAAUCUGUUUUGGCAUGUGUUGAUUUGUUACCUUAAAACAUACAGACCUCGCAUUUUCCAGAAUUUCACAUAUUUGACAUUUGGACAUAAGGUUUAAUGUAUUUUAUUGUUGUAUUAUUUUGUACCUAAAAAUGAAUGAUAUUGCAUGUAAAGCACAGUAUCUGCAGUGGGUAAAACAUAAAUGACUACUGUAUGAGCGUUUUUCAAUUCUCUUUGGACUUUGACCAGAUUUUUUUAUUUGUAUGCAGUUUUCCUGUAUUUAUUAAUUUAUUUAGAGACUAUUUGAAUAAUUCUAUUUGAAGGAAUGCAAUUACUGAUUUGGUGGUAAGACUUUGAACAGUAGAGGGCAGUGUAGAUACAGCACAUAAUGUCUUGACAAUCUUGAGCAUUUAACUUCCAUUGAUUUUCACUCCACUUCAUGGGCAUUUAUUAAAGGUAUGUACAGUACUAUAAAAUCUAAUGACAAAAUAAAUAUGUGUAAUUACCCUGAAAUUUUGUUUAAUGUAUUAGACCAAUGAAACAGUCCAGUUGGUGUGUUUUUGUGAAUCUUCAUACAGUGGAUUAAGUUGUGUGGAUUUUUUGGUCUUCUUUAUGGAGUAGAUAUGGACUCACUUCUAUUGCAAUGUCAAAUUCAUGUGUCAGUACCACCACUAUACUUAAUUGAUAAUUGCUGUAUCUAGCUUCU